CUCGGAUCCCGCCGAUAUUUAUAUGCAAGCUCAAGCGCUCUUUCUAGGCCGCCAUUUCCGCCGCGCUUUCCACCUACUCAACGCCUCUCACGUCGUCCUCCGCGACCUCCGAUUUCGCUACCUCGCCGCCAAAUGCCUCAUGAAAGGAGAUGCUGAAGGCUCUGAAGGCUCUGCUUAUUCUGUAUGGCACAUGUAGUAUAAGACUAUAAGCUUAAUCCUAUUUGGCUGACUGAUGCAUGAUAGUAUGUUAAGCAUAUGCUGACAAAUGUUUAAGGACAUAAACUAUCUAAAUAUAGCUGAUACCUCGGAAUUUAAGGAGUUUGCAGAUACGAUCCAAUCAAGCUACAAGCACGAGUAGGAGUUUGCAGAUACGAUCCAAUCAAGCUACAAGCACGAGUAGGUAGGUGGCUAAGGGGGACGGGAAGGGGGACCUUUCUUUUGUUAGACCUGAGAAUUGAGAAGCAUCUGUCUAUCUGGAUUGACGGGUGGGACUUCUGUUUGCUCCUGAGGAGUUAAAAGAGUGGGAUCAAUGCUUACAAAUGCUUGGAGAUGCUAAAGUUGACGAGCAUGGUAAUGUUAGCGACAUAAAAGACAGCAAUGUUAUGUAUCUCGACAAGGAUGCACAAGAUCAUGAAAUCAAUAUAUCUGCGGCUAUAUGUUUCCUCAGAGGUAGAGCAUACGAAGCUCUGGAAAAUCGUGCCCAAGCACGCCAGUGGUAUAUAGCUGCAGUCAAAGCCGAUCCUUUGUGUUAUGAGGCUUUGGAGCAUCUCAUUGAAAACCAUAUGCUUACAUGCAAUGAAGAAUCUUCGCUUCUUUCAUCACUGCAAUUUUGUCAUGAAGAUGGGUGGCUUUCUUCAUUUUAUACUUGCCUAAUAAAGAAACAAGAUAAAGAGAAUGUUGUCGAAGCCAAGUUUAAUGACCUUGAGAAAGAAAAUGCCAGCAGUACUCCAUCGGAUUCACCCUUCACAGGAACUUUGAAGAAUAACACAGACCUGUUGGCCUGUAAAGCCGAAUAUUACCAUCAAUGUGGUGAAUAUCAGAAAUGUUUCGAACUAACUUCACUAUUGCUUGAAAAAGAUCCUUUCCAUCUCAAGUGUACUUUGGUGCAUCUAGCUGCUGCCAUGGAACUUGGUCAGUCGAAUGAGCUCUAUAUUAUGGCUUGCAAUUUGGUCAAAGAUUAUCCUCAAAAGCCUCUGUCAUGGUUUGCUGUAGGAUGCUACUAUUAUUGCAUCAGAAAAUAUGACCAAUCACGCCGCUAUUUCAGCAAGGCAACAAGUCUGGAAGGAACAUUUUUAUCUUCUUGGAUUGGUCAAGGGAACGCAUAUGCUGCACUAGAAGAAGGUGAUCAAGCAAUGUUGGCUUACCGCACUGCUGCACGUUUGUUUCCCGGGUUCCUGAUCUUCUCUUCUUCCAGGUGUCAUUUACCAACCUUGUACAUUGGCAUGGAAUAUAUGCGAACACACAGCUUCAAACUCGCGGAGCAGUUUUUCUUGCAGGCCAAAACAAUUUGCUCUUCAGAUCCUCUUGUCUAUAACGAAUUGGGCGUUGUUUCAUAUCACAUGAAGGAGUACAAGAAAGCAGUUCGGUGGUUUGAGAAAACAUUGGCAAGUAUCCCAACAUCUAUGAACGCAACCUGGGAACCCACUAUUGUCAAUCUUGCGCAUGCAUAUAGGAAAUUAAAGAUGUAUCGUGAGGCUAUAAAAUACUAUGAGAAAGCACUUACUUUAUCUACCAAGAGUUUAAGUACUUAUGCGGGUCUUGCUUACACUUACCAUUUGCAGGGAAAUUAUAAUUCUGCAAUUACAAAUUAUCACAAGGCGUUAUGGAUAAAGACGGACGAUCAAUUUUGCACAGAGAUGCUAACUCUAGCACUUGCAGAAGAGAGCCAUUGUGAUCCAGACUCUAUUCCAGGAUUGUUAUCCUAGUGCAGAGCUUCCUUUCAGUUGCAAAUUGGUGUAAUUUUAGAAAUUACUCAUUCUUAUGUACGUAGUACAAGAAAUGUAUCAAUAUGGUGCGGUUCAUUUAUAUGACUAGACGUGUAAAGAUGACACAUGGAUGUGUUGGUUAUUUUUAAACGUUCAACUAGUUUUUGGCCCGGUCGAUGCCCGGGGGACGGGUCGUUAUUGUUGAAAUAGUUGAAAACUUGAAAUAUUUUAAGUGGCCUAAA